AUGAGUGUUUCGAGCAGACUGCUGCUAUUGGGCGCCGGCUGCGUUCCCAGCCUCUCCGUCUGGGCCCUGCCGGCUGCUGCCUUCGUCGCUGUCAUCGCCGCCUGCAUUUCUCUGCGGUACAGAGUGCUGCAGUGGCUGCUGGCCCUGGUGGUGGAGACGCGCCCCCUACACGAGGUGCUGCACGGCCACUACGUGUCGCGGCCGCAGGAGUCCGCCUCGUGGGUGCGGCUGGGCCGGCAGCGGCUGCUGCUGCUGAGGGACCCACAGCUCGCCUGGCAGCUGCUGUCCGCGCACUUCCCCAGCUUCCCCGCCAGGGCGCGCACCCAGGGCUACGACGACGGGCUGUUCGCUCAGGAAGCCGCUGUGUCGCCGCGGCAGCUGCUGGCCUACUGCACCGACUGCGUCGCCUCGGCGCUGCUCGGGCUGCAGACGCGGACCCUCGAGGACGCGGAGGGCUGCUCGCCCUUCCUGGAGGCCGUGCAGCGCGCGCACGACGCUAAGUCGUCGUUCGGCCGCCGCUUCGUGUUCGAAUACCUGGGUCAAGCCGCAUUCGACGCUCUGGGGCUGGGACAAUUACCCGACAAGAUUGCGAACUUCUUCAGAUCGGUGGCUGCCGUCAGUAUCGACCACCGUAACAGCAGCCCUGUGUCUUCUCACGACUUUGUACACCUGCUUACGAAGAAGAUGAAGCUGGAGGGCGCAGAUGAUAAUGCUGUCCUACAUGAAGUUUCGAGUCAGACCGCCGCCAUCCUGUCAGCCGGCGCUGGAGAGACCAGCCACGUGCUGCAGCACUGCCUCCUGGAGCUGGCCGCGCAGCCACAGCUGCAGCAGCGACUGCGCUCUGACAUCGCCUCUGCUCAAGACCCAGCUGCUCUGCCUCUGCUGGAAGCCGUUGUCAAUGAAUGUCCUACUUCAAGAGAUGCUACACUGUCUGGAAAAGUUUAA